CUGUAGUUUAUAGACAAGGAAGUGAGUCAUAUGUUAAUCGCUGACAGUAAAAUGACGUGUUUGUUGGUCGACAGAGCCCAACGCGAAUGAAGAAACGUGGAAAAACUGGUGUACUACAACAAGGAAGCAACGUGCUUACCCAGGUAAUUAGCCUAUUUGGAUAUAACAGUUUUAAGGAAGUAGAACUGAAGAGAACGAAAAACAACCGAUCGUUUUGGAUUCAGCUUAUAUCGCGGUGAGAAUGAAGAAGGAAGUGAGUGCUGGUGUGAACUUUCUGAAAGGUUUGGCAGUGGAGCGUGGAGGUGUGGAUCAAAUCAAAGCCAAACGUUUUGCUUCUAAAUUACAAGAGCUUCUUCUUGAAAAAUUUACAGACCACUGGUUCCCAGACAAUCCUAGCAAAGGACAGGCGUACAGAUGCAUCAGAAUAAAUGACCGAAUUCCCUUUGAUGAAUCAGUUUCACAAGCGUGCAUGGAGAGCGGCUUAAAGCCAAGUGAAUUGGGUUUUCCUCGUGAGAUAACAAUAUGGAUCGACCCGUCGGAGGUGUGUGCGCGGUCUGGGGAGAAUGGCCGAUAUUUUAUAGUAGCUCAGUUUGCUAAAGUGGAGGAUGAGAAAAAUGAUUUGAAUCAGGAAGAUACUUUUAGCCAAGUGGAUUCUGUGAAUCUGGAUACAUCGGACUACAACUCUGCGACCUCAUCUGACUGCGGCUCAGCAGUCUCAAGUGAUACAGAAGAGGAGGUGAAAGUGGGGCAGAGAACAGUGAAGAGCACAGUUCACACAACAAGAUCUAAAGCAAGGGAGCCUAAAGGGCCAUGCAAGUUUCCUCCAGCUCAGAUCCCUGGCCUGCAGUACUAUUAUAACCCUUCACCGCUGUGGCCCCAGUACAAGAAGAAGAGAGGCAUGUUCUUCACGACUGUAUGUGCACCGGCACCAUCUCCGUUCUUUGCUUACUACAUCGUACCUAAAGCCCCUCCGCGGUUCAUUGUGCCUCACGCUGCCCUCCAAACCUGGGGGACAGUGAAAGGGUAAAGAGGUCAAGACCAGUAUAUCUAUAACGUAAGAUGUAUCUGCAAGUCUGCAGGGAACUUUAUAGCUUAUCAUAAACUUGAAAUAUAGUGUCAAUCAUGUCAACUAUUUAACUUUUCACUGAUUUCAAGCAUAUUCUAAUGAAUUUUAAAGCUGCAAUCCGUGACCUUUUUUUUUUUUUUUUUGGUUAAAAAUGAUCCGAAAUCAAUACUUGAGCAAGUACAUAACAAGCCAGUGUUCAAAACUACCGCCUUGCUGUACCCGAUUCACAGCAGGUAAUAUUAUAAUAUUUUUCUCAUUUGAGUGGUACUGGUGCUCACAGCAGCUGGAA